GGUCAUGUAUUCGUGUGCCCGCUAGUGGGAGGUUUAUAAACGCUAGCACAUGUCGACAUGUUCGUGAUAGAACCGGUUCGCUCGUGGCCCUACUAGUGGGGAUUAUACACUAGUAAUUUCUGUAGCCUGCCAGUGGGAGGUUUAUAACACUGGCCGUGACCUAUAGAGGAGACGUCUAUUUCGUGCCCGUACUGUAUCCGUUUUCUGAUUACACUUGUUGGCAUGCUAUACGUUUAAUUAAGGGCAAUCCAUAUUUUACUUACUGAGUUAUCUCACCUCGUUUUUCUCGUCCACCAUUUCAGGUAGUGUGCCCCGAGACUCGGAAAUCAAGGGGAGUGACGUGAAAGAAAAAAAAAGGCUAGCCACUUGAGAUUUGACAUAGAUUUUAGAUACAUGUACACCACGCUCCUGUAAGUUAGAUUUUAUCUGGAAAGUUUAUGGUAUCAAAACUGAUUUUGUUCAGUAAGUUCCGAGCCUUGUGCAUUUGUGGGACCCGUCUCACGAGUGCACGGCGUCUGUCGCGCCUCGGAUUUGGGUUCUGGGGCGUGACAAAUAAUCUCUUUUAAGGAAGAAUAUGUCAGACAUCUUUAAAAAUAAUUUACAUAGAAUGAUCACAUUACAAGUUCAAUCACAUGAGGAUGAACAUGGGACUCUUAGAAGUUGGUGUGCAUAUACUUUAAACAGUAUUGAUGCGGAUGUAAACCUAGCUUCUUUUUCCACUGCAAACUCACAAGAUAGCUCUUCAAUAAUGUCAACUUCAUUGUACAACAAUUUGGGCCCUCCUCAAUAUGAAUGCAAAGACUGCAAGGCCAUAUUAUGGGGUGCAGAAAGAGUUGACAAAACCAAGCAAACUAAAAAUCCUUCAUUUUCACUUUGUUGCCAAGAAGGAAAAAUCAAGCUGACACCAUUUAGAAAACCACCAAUCUUGUUAAGGAGAUUAUUGAACCCUAAAGGUGAUCAAGACUCUGUUGUCUUUAGAAGGAAUAUCAGAAGGUACAAUGGAUCAUUUGCAUUUACAACAAUAGGUGGUAAUAUUGAUAGAAGUGUUGUAAUAUCCCAAAUUUUUGGGAAUAUUUAAGUGUAAGUUAAGGACUUGAUUGUGAGAAAAGAUUGUUUUGGGGCCUAAUGUGAAUAUUUCAA